CUCUCUCUCUCUCUCUCUCUCUAUUCUUUCUCUCUCACACACACUAAAAACACACACUAAAAUCAAGAAAGAAAAAAAAAAAGAAAAAAAAAAUGGCUUCUUCAGGUGGGAGUAGCUUAAACAGUUACCACACCAUGUCUAACUUCUCAACAUCACAAUAUAUUUCUUCUUUCACUGAUCUUCUUACGGUCAACGGCAAAGACCAACAGGAUCAAGAUCAAGAACAAGAACAAGAAAGAACCUCGUACUUUUGGGAGAUGAACUCUGAACCAGCAGUAAACAAAAACAAAAACACUGAACAAAUUAUAAUCCCAAAGUAUAAAUCAUUCCCACCUGCUUCAUUACCUCUCUCUCCUUCGCCUCUCUCUCCUUCUUCUUAUCUCUCCUUCCCUUCCAAUUUAACCCCUUCCAUCUUUCUCGAUUCCCCUGUUCUUUUCUCCUCCUCUAAUGUUCUUCCAUCGCCGACUACCGGUACCUUUUCUGCGCUUUUCUCAAAGGAUGAAGAAUCAAGAAUUCCCAAUUUCUCUUUCCCUUCCCAAACACGCCCUUCCGAUUCUUCCUCUUCCAUUUUCUCCUCUUCGGUUCGAAUCAAUUCAACGGAUUCAUUUGAUGAUUCACUGAACAAGCAAAUGGUGGUGAUGAAAUCAGAAGCAGCAGCAUCUCUGCCAAUCCAAAUGCAUUACCCUCAACAACCACAGUACAUCAGAGACCAGAAGAAAUCCGACGACGGUUACAACUGGAGGAAAUACGGACAGAAACAGGUCAAAGGUAGCGAAAAUCCUCGUAGUUAUUACAAGUGCACUUUCCUAAAUUGCCCCACGAAGAAGAAAGUCGAACAGAAUCUGGACGGACACAUUACGGAGAUCGUCUACAAAGGUAGCCACAAUCACCCAAAGCCGCAAUCCACUCGAAGAUCAUCGUCUUCCAACAAUUCGAUUCACAACAAUUCAUCCUCUUACAACAACGGCCAAUCGAAUAAUUCGUUUCUUGAAAAUGCUCAAGUGGACCCCACCGCAGAGAAUAAUAACAAUUCGUCGGCUUCUUUUGGAGACGAUGAUUUCGAACAGGGCUCCUCGAUGAGUAACUCGAGAGACGAUGAUGAGAAUGAACCUCAAGCCAAGAGAUGGAAAGGGGGUGAUGAAAACGAGGGAAUAUCGGCAUCCGGAAGUAGAACGGUACGAGAGCCGAGAAUUGUUGUUCAAACGACAAGUGACAUCGACAUUCUUGAUGAUGGUUAUAGAUGGAGGAAAUAUGGGCAGAAAGUGGUUAAAGGCAACCCUAAUCCUAGAAGCUAUUACAAAUGCACUUUCAACGGGUGUCCGGUUAGAAAGCACGUGGAAAGAGCAGGGCAUGAUGUAAGAGCAGUGAUCACCACAUACGAAGGGAAGCACAACCACGAUGUACCUGCAGCAAGAGGCAGCGGCAGUUAUUCAAUGACUAGACCACCAAUUAUGAGCACUGCUAUAAAGCCUUCGGUUAUUAACGGACACAUUUCCAACGGGGCGAAUUUCGUUAACCAAAACGGGGGGCAGAGAAUGCAGAACCAAACACCGUACACACUUCAGAUGCUGCAGAGUCAUAAUAAUAAUAAUACAGAUAAUUUUGCGUUUUCUGGUUAUGGAAACUCCGGUGGAGGAGCUAAGGAAGAGCCUAAAGAUGACUCGUUUUUCGACUCUUUUUUGAACUGAGGUUACAUGUAUACGACUGGCAAACUCUUGAUCUUGUUCUCGUAUGAGAAGUGAUUUACGAUUUUUUUAUUUUUUUUCGUUUGUAUAUUUUGAUGUGACGAUAGGAGCUAGGUGCAUUUGUUUAAUUAUUUUUUUUUAAUUUUUUUUUUCUGGUCACUGAAGCUGGGACAGUGGCCUCAUAUAAGGUUGUAUAUUUCCUCAUGAAGGGAAAAUAUAGAAUAAAAAACACAAUGUAUUCAUAUUUAUUAAUUUUGAUCAGGAUUACUUUGUUCA